ACUUUAGGAUUGUCUCAAGAGAAGCGCUGCCCCACGUUUGUUCUAUCUAUCGCCGGAAAACUCCCUGGCUACGAAGGGAUGGACGGGACCACCGCGGACGGCCAGUCACAGGCCCAGAAGAGGAUGAGCUCAAGAGUUCCAGCCACAAGCCUCGCUCACGAUAUUCUCUGCAUGAUUUUCGUGCUUCUCGAUCUCUUCGACCUAGUUCGUUGUUCCGCCGUUUGCAAAUCCUGGAAUAAAGUCAUCAAUAAGUCCAAGUUAUUACAAAUUUUAUAUCACAAGCAACAAGGUGGUUCCAUAGGGCCUUCCAGUACAUCUCAUUGCUCAGAGAAACCCCUGAAGGUAUGCAUAGAGCAGCUAGCUAUGGAGCAUCAUAGAUUGUCUUUACAAGGUCUCAUUGACAUUGAACAAUGGAAAGGUCACUCAGUCAGGGCUGGCCAGUGUCGAAUGAAGAUGGGCUUGAUUCUUACUGGUGUAGGUGAUAAGGCCGUGCGUCUCUGGUCAUUAGAAAGCUACAAAUGUUUGGAAGAGCAUUUCCUGCCAAAUUUGGCUCCUCUAGUUGAUUUUGAUUUUGAUGAGAAUAAGAUUGUUGGUUUGAUAGGGACUCGUAUAUGCACAUGGAGGCGCAAUGGUAAAAGAAGUAUUUUUCCCUCACGUGAAGGCACAUUUAUGAAGGGUUUAUGCAUGCGCUAUAUAGAUCCAGAGGCCGUGGUUGGGUGUGAGGAUGGAACAGCUCGAGUCUUUGAUAUGUACAGUAGGAAAUGUUCUCGAAUCAUUAGGAUGCAUUCUGGCCCAGUAAGAUGCUUAGCUUUAAGUGAUGAUCAAUGUAUUAUUAGUGGCUCCUCUCUCGGCAGUAUCACAAUUUCAGGUCUUUCAUCUGAUCAGCGGAUAGCUAAACUAAGAUCAACUGAUUCCACAGGCAUAAGAACCUUGUGCUUCAACCCUCGUUCUCACCUAGUCUUUUCUGGAUCAACUGCUGGAUAUGCAUCUUGUUGGGACCUUAGGACAAUGAGACCGCUAUGGGAGAACCGAAUCAGCCCAAAUGUUAUAUACUCCAUGCAACACCUCUGCAGUGACACCCACACUUUAGUAGCCGGUGGAAUAGACGGCGUGUUACGCAUUUUAGAUCAGAACACAGGUAAAGUUGUUUCAGGGUGUGUCAUGGAUGAUAGCCCAGCACCAACUUCCUCCCAGAAAACCGACAGCAUCAUCGAAAGGAAGAAAGGAAGGAGAAUCACAGAAGAUACACUCAUAGACAGCAUCCCUAAAAGCAGUCGACCUCCCAUCACCUGCUUGGCUGUUGGAAUGCAGAAGGUGGUGACCACACACAAUGGCAAGUAUAUCAGAAUGUGGAAAUUCCACAAGGAACAAACCUUACAAGCUUAAACGUACCGUUUGUUGUCGUAUAAUUAUCAAUUUCUCAUUCAGUUUGCUAAUAAGAUUACGUUUGGUGGUAAUUUUAGAAAACA